CACGCGCAGUUUAGCUGUUUGUACAUUAGUGCAGGUGUCAAACUGAAACUUCAUGUAAAUGUAAAGCCUCGUUUUAGAAAAUACUCCCUUAACGCGUGACAGGGUUUGACUGCUUUGUUGCAUUCAAAUCCGGUUCCUUGAAGAUAUUUGCGCGCUCCUGUAAUAGUUUAGAAUAGUCUUAACACUCCUGCACCUGUCAGCAGGUAAGACAGGCCGGAACUCAGUACUGCAAACGCGAAAUAAAACGUGCGCGAAAAUCCAGGUGUUCAGAGCUGCGGUUUAAAACCGUGCGCAAGGUCUUGACUCGAGCACCAGGUGAACCACAAUGCCACAAAUCACGGCGAUGGCCAUGCUACAGCUCGCGCUGCUGCUUUCCGCACUGCCCGCACAGUAUCUGAUCUCCAAGUGGACCAGCGGCAACGCAGCUCAACGAAGCCUCGCCACGCAGGGAAUCCUGGACGCGUGGACAGACGCUAGGAAAACGUACCUAAAUAUAACUGCUUGGGUAGACUGGCUUAGUUCUUGGAUGCCCAGUGUACCAGUCUUCGGAGCGGAGGAGGCGUUCGAGCACGCGCUUGAAGAGUCCCUCGCGCUGGACCUGCUGAUGCAGAGUAACGACCAGGGCUACUUCGGAGCAUCUGAGGAAAAACGAAGCCCCAGGCCAGAGUAUGUGCUGCACCGGGUCGGUGAUGUCGUGUUGGAGAGGCAGAAUCGCGUGGUGGGCGUGAUCGUGGGCUGGGAUGCAGGGCUACGAGCCCCACCGGAGUGGCUCAAGAGAAAAAAAUUCACGGAGUCAGAGAUAAAAAGACUGGAAGACACCCCUCACUACAGAAUUCUGUUCAGUGGACCUGACCCGUCCUCCUUAUUGAUCGGAUACCUGCCACAGACUGUAAUACAUCUUUUUGAUGGAUACAAGCCAGACAUACCCACUCUGGGUCAGUACUUCUCACACUUUGAUGGGAAAAGGUUUGUGAUGCAGGGCUGGCUGAAGGACCUCUACCCUGACGACUAAGCGUGCAGAAGUGCGGAGGUGCGGUGAGGAGAGACACCGAGGUGCAUCAGGACCAAACCCCAAGUACUCUCACAGUAAAUGCACGGACACCGUCCUCGACAGCGGACACGCGGCGGCACUCUGCUCUUGCUCCUUUGAAAUCCCCUCUCCCUUUAACACACCUUGCUCUGGCUCGUGCGCAUGGCCGCGGGGGACGGUGCUGGCGGACCAGAACCACAGCAGGGACCUGCUUCUACAGUAGCCAGUGUGAGGGGUUUAAAAUACGACAGACUUGCCUUGGGACCACUGGAAAUGAUGAUAAAGCGCUGAAAGAGUGACUGUCGCAGGAAAGACAGGAGCAUCAAAUGUCAAAUGAAGAACAAGAGCAUUUUUUUUUUUUUUCCUUUUUAAAAUAUUUUGUUAUUUCAUUACCUGUGCUGGUCAAACACACUGGUCUGGCUAAAUGUAAUUCUUGCCAUGAAAGUUCAUGGGAUCUGUGUGUUUUACAACAGUAUUAUGUUUUUACUGGCUUUUAAGACAACAGUGUUCUAGGACAAUAUCCUAAAGAUAAAUAUUGCCUUCAAGAUAGAUUAAACGGAAAAACUUGUUGAGCUUU